UUCCCAAUGCAAUACGUAUAGUUGUCGAUGUGAAACGAGGUAAGUAAUUUAGAAAAAAAAAAAAAAGGUAUUAAAUACACAUGGGAAUGAAAUGACGAAGAUGGGGGACCAUAAAUACUGGCCGAGUAUCGAGAACUGUUGCAUUUUACUCAAAAACUUGGUAACGUAAUUGUGCGUUCUUGUGCACUUUAUAUGCAUGAAAUUUUUUUUUUUUACAUCAACGUGUUUUUUAAUAAGUGGGUUUGAGUUAUUACCGUAAGCAAUAAUGUUUGGAUUAAUGGUAAUGAUAAUUAAUUUCAUUGCGAUAAUUGAGUGUGAAAGUCAACUGGACUCUUCUAAUACCAUGAAGUUCUUAUCACCAUCAAAUCUACAUGUCGCCCAACUCGACCCGAGUCCUGAUACAAAUUUCCAGUCGCUCCAAACGAGAUACGAGACUGCUAACAAAAAAAUCCAACUAAAAUCACCAGAAAUUUCUUCAAACAAAAACAAUAAAUGUUCCGAUAAAAAUAAUUAUUUCAUUCUUUCAAUUGACAAAACAAAUAAAUUAUCACGCCGGCGUCGUACAUUAAGUGGUUGGCUUCUCGAGCCGCCAUUUUAUGUCGACGAGCCCAGUUGGAUUUCACUGACCGAGUCUAAAUCAAAUUAUCUAUCAAAUGACAACAAAUUAAUUAAAAGUACUGAGCAAGAUCCGUUUUAUUUCACCCGCGGCAAGAAAAAUUCAAAUUUUAUAAAAUCAAAAUCAUUAAUUGGUAACGGAAAAAAAAAAAAUUUACCACAAAGAUACAAACAUUCGGACAUUUUAGAUAUAUUACAUGAGCCAUUUUUUAUAUCACGGGGUAAAAAAAAUAAUAAUAAUAAUGCUAAUGAUGAUUAUUAUGGUAGCGACAGUAGUGUAAAUGAAAAUAAUAGCGGGAUUUAUGAUAAAAGAAAUGAAGGUACUGUUAAUAAUGGUUAUAAAUUAUUAGAAUAUGAUGAUGAUGACACUAAUGGGUCAUUACGUGAUCGUCGUGGUGAUUUUUUUGAUCAAUUACUUAAAGAAAAUGAUCCAUUUUAUGUAACACGGGGUUAAAUAUUUUUAUUAUUUCAAUUAUUUACUUGUAAUUAAUUCUAACAGACGAAAAAUGAAUGUGAGGUAAAAUGGACCAAGGUGUUUUUUUAAUUUUUCAAAAUUUAUUUGAAUUAGUUUUUUGUUUUGUAAUUUUGAUCAAAAAGAAAAUUUAUGAAUCUGAGGUAAAAUGGACCGCGAGUUUUAUUUUUGAAAAAGAAGAAAAUUAAUGCGAGGCAAAAUGGGCCAAGAUUUUUUUUUAAUUUUUCAAAAUUUAUUCGAAUUAAUUUUUUUUUUAUAAUUUGGAUAAAAAAGACAAAUAUUGAUCUGAGGUAAAAUGGACCACGAGUUUUAUUUUUGAAAGGGAAGAAAAUGAAUGUGAGGCAAAAUGGGCCAGGAUUUUUUUUUUAAUGUUCAAAAUUUAUUUGAAUUAAUUUUUUUUUUUACAAUUUUGCUAAAAAAGACAAAUAUUGAUCUGAGGUAAAAUGGACCACGAGUUUUAUUUUUGAAAGGGAAGAAAAUGAAUGUGAGGCAAAAUGGGCCAGGAUUUUUUUUUUAAUGUUCAAAAUUUAUUUGAAUUAAUUUUUUUUUUUACAAUUUUGCUAAAAAAGACAAAUAUUGAUCUGAGGUAAAAUGGACCGCAAGUUUUAUUUUUGAAAAAGAAGAAAAUGAAUGCGAGGUAAAAUGGGCAGAAUUUUUUUUUAUCAAAAUUUAUUCGAGUCAUUUUUUUUUUCUUUUGUAACUCUGAAAAAAAAUUAAAAUUGGAUUAUGAGGUAAAAUGGGCCGCGAAUUUUAUUAGUAAGAAAAAAAAUCAAUGUGAGGUAAAAUAGACCAGGAAUUUUUUUUUUUUAAUUUUUCAAAAUUUAUUCAAAUAAAUUUUUUUUUAUAAUUCUGAUAAAAAAGAAAAUUUAUGAAUCUGAGGUAAAAUGGACUGCGAGUUUCAUUUUUGAAAGGAAAGAAAAUUAAUGCGGGGUAAAAUGGCCCAAAAUUUUUUUUUAUUAAAAAUUAUUUUUCAAAAUUUAUUUGAGUUUUUUAAUUCUUUGGUAAUUAUGGAGUCGAUAUGAGGUAAAAUGGGCCACCGGUUUUAUUUGUAAAAAAAAAUGUAUUCGAGGUAGAAUGGGCCAAGAAUUGUUUUUAUGGUUACAAAUUAUUUUUCAAAAUUUAUUUGAAUUUUUUCUGUAUUUCCAAUAAAAAAUAAAAAUAACAACAUGGGGAAAAAUGGACUGCGAAUUUUAUUUAUAAAAAAAAAAAUGCCGAGUAAAAUGGGCCGCAGAAUUUAAAAAUUUAUAUGUAAGUUUGCAGAAGAAUAAAAAAAUUGAAGAUUUUGAUUAAUGGAGAAUGAUAAAAAAUUUGAAUUAGUGUCGGCCAAAAAUGAGUAUUUUUUAAAUUUCGGUAACAAUUUUUAUUUCGCAUCAUAAAUUACGAUUAAUAACUUUUGUAUUCAAUGAAAAAAAGUCGGAGUAAAAACUACAGUCCCUCGAAAAAAAAAAAAAAUUUACGUCAAUUGCCAUGAAUAAAUAAUUUAUUUAAAUUUCAAUUAAAAAAAUUAUUCCAUGUAUAUUAUUUAGUCUUUGUUUUAUAUAAAUAUAACAUGUAAUACGUAUAAAUAUGGACGAGCUGAAAAUAAAGUAAAAUUACCAUAAAAAUUGAAUGAAAAAAUAAAAAUAGUAAUAUAUAAAUAUAUAUAUUUGAGAAUUCUAUAUAUGAAAUGUGUCAGUAAAAAAGAAUGCGUGAAAAAACAAUAGUGUGGAAGUAAUGCGGAUAUUUCUGCUCGAUCUAACUGCUUUAUCCUAAAUAAAGAGACAAUGAUAACAUUAUUGUCAUAUAAAAACAAAUAUCUUUACAUAAAUAUAAAUUAUUAAAUAAAUAUAUGUAUGAUGUAA